GGGACACGCCGAGCACGCUGGCAGCAGCCAUGGCGGACGGCCCGGUGGCGGAGGUGCUGCUCCGGCAGCUAGAGGCGGCCGAUGGCGGCCUGGACAGCGCGGACCUGGCAGCUAAGCUGGGCGUGGACCACCAGGCCGUUGUGGGCGCGGUGAAGAGCCUGCAAGCGCUGGGCGAGAUCAUUGAGGCUGAGCUGCGCUCCACCAAGCGCUGGGAGCUUACUGCUGAGGGCGAGGAGAUGGCCCGGGAGGGCAGCCAUGAGGCCCGGGUGUUUCGCAGCAUCCCCCAGGAGGGCCUGGCCCAGAGCGAGCUCAUGCGACUGCCCAGCGGCAAGGUGGGCUUCAGCAAGGCCAUGUCCAACAAGUGGAUCCGUGUGGACAAGAGUGCAGCCGAUGGGCCCCGGGUGUUCCGAGUGGUGGACAGCGUGGAGGACGAGGUGCAUCGGCGGCUCCAGCUGGUCCAGGGUGGACAGGUUGAGAAGCUGGGUGAGAAGGAAAGGAGUGAGCUCAGGAAGAGGAAGCUGCUGACUGAAGUGACCUUGAAGACCUACUGGGUGAGCAAAGGCAGUGCCUUCAGCACCAGCAUCUCCAAGCAGGAGACAGAGCUGAGCCCAGAGAUGAUCUCCAGCGGCUCCUGGCGGGACCGGCCCUUCAAGCCGUACAACUUCUUGGCCCAUGGCGUCCUCCCAGACAGCGGCCACCUGCAUCCUCUGCUCAAGGUCCGCACGCAGUUCCGGCAGAUCUUCCUGGAGAUGGGGUUCACAGAGAUGCCGACUGACAACUUCAUUGAGAGCUCCUUCUGGAACUUUGAUGCACUUUUCCAGCCCCAGCAGCACCCGGCGCGUGACCAACACGACACCUUCUUCCUCCGAGAUCCAGCUGAGGCCCUGCAGCUCCCAAUGGACUACGUCCAUCGGGUCAAGCGGACCCACUCUCAGGGUGGCUACGGCUCACAGGGGUACAAGUACACGUGGAAGCUGGAGGAGGCCCGGAAAAACCUGCUGCGCACGCACACCACGUCGGCCAGCGCCCGUGCCCUCUACCGCUUGGCCCAGAAGAAGCCCUUCACACCAGCCAAGUACUUCUCCAUUGAUCGCGUGUUCCGAAACGAGACCCUAGACGCCACACACCUGGCCGAGUUUCACCAGAUUGAGGGCGUGGUGGCUGACCAUGGCCUCACCCUAGGCCACCUCAUGGGCAUCCUGCGGGAGUUCUUCACCAAGCUGGGUAUCACCCAGCUGCGCUUCAAGCCGGCCUACAACCCCUACACGGAGCCCAGCAUGGAGGUGUUCAGCUACCACCAAGGCCUGAAGAAGUGGGUGGAAGUCGGGAAUUCUGGGCUUUUCCGCCCUGAGAUGCUGCUGCCCAUGGGGCUCCCCGAAAACGUGUCAGUCAUUGCUUGGGGCCUCUCCCUGGAGCGCCCAACAAUGAUCAAAUACGGCAUCAACAACAUCCGGGAGCUGGUGGGCCACAAGGUGAACCUGCAGAUGGUGUAUGAUGGUCCCCUGUGCCGCCUGGACGCCGAACCGGGGCCCCCACAGACACAGGGCGCCGCGUGACAUGGACCACCCUGGAUAGCCUGCCUUCCCUGAGCCCCAGCUGUCCAGCCCUCUAGCAUCCCUGCCAGUGACCCCCUUGUAUUUAUAAGGCCUCUGUGAGGCCAUCCCCCUCACCCCCACCCCUCGUAUCUCUUCCGUACCUGCCCCAAGGUCCCAGGGGCAGAGUAGCAAGUAGCAGGUUCGAUCUAUGAAGGUGGGCCCUAGGGAGCCCUGCAGGCCAGCUGCUGGCUAAUAAAGUGGGCAGUUGUCCUCAUAUGGUGCCUUUCCUUAGGGAUGGAGGAGUGCUAGAGCCCUGGGUAUGAGGAGUGGUGGGUUAGGGGUCCUGGAUCCUCGGGAGCUCCUGGCUUGCCUGAACCAACCCCUUGGGGAAGACUAGCUCCAUCAAGCAUUUACCCAUCACCUGGUGGUGCCAGGCUCUCCUCUAGAUGAACAGAAGUCCCCAUCCCUGGGGAAGGGGCAUAUGGGAGGGGAAGGCCAAGGCAGGUGCCACAAUUCCCCCUGGGAGCCAGGCAUGGUGGGGUGACAGCGCGGGGGGACAGCUUUAAUAAAACAAGUUUUUUUUUAAGCAUUUCAUUAAAGCUGCCCCGUUCCCCCUUUUUAAAAAAAAGAGCAAUUUCUGGUUCACAGCAAAAUUGAGUGGAAGGUAUAGAAAUUUCUCAUAUACCCUCUGCCCCCACGUCACAUGCACAGCCUCCCCACCAUCAACAUCCCCACCAGAGGGGUGCAUUUCUUACAAUGAGUGAACUACAUAGACACAUCCUAAUCGCCUCCACUUCAUGGUUUACGUUGUGGUCCACGCUCUGUGUUGUACAUUCUCUGGGUUUGGGCAAACGUGUGAUGAUGUGUGUCCGUUGUUCUGGUAUCACAGUAUUUUCGACGCCCUAAAAGUCCUUUGUGCUCCCACCCACUCAUCCCUCCAUCCUCUCCCUAAAAAGCCGCUCUUUUUUUAAAAAAUGGUCUCCUGAGAAUUUCACGGGAGCUCAGAGGAGGAAGAUGAGUAGGAUAGAGCUUCAUGAACCCACGUUGAACAUGAGUGGGAUCUCUAUUUCUGUGAAAAUUUUAAAGCAACUCUCAGUCUCCAUGUUGCUCACCCCAUGUCUUCAGGGUCAGCGCACUUUUGGAAACGUAAACAGUUCUUCUAGAACCAUGAGGUCACCGUUAUAGCCAGCACAGUCGGCAGCUGAGGCUGUGGGCUUCUCUAGGCCCUGGGUGUGGGGGCACCAAUCUCCCAAGGGCUACUCGGUUGAUUUUUUUUCUGUAUUUCAAAUUAAAUAAUUCAGUCAUACAGAAAAAUACUCGUUCUUGCAACAAAUGUGCACCUCCUGAGUGCCAGCAGCGUGCAAGCUGAAUGAAGACUCAGCAGUGGGCAAAGCUGACUCAGGUCCCUGCCCUUGGGAGCGGACCUGGGGGAAAGGGAGUACGCUGGAGACAUAGAUAAGUACAGAAAUGGAGGGAGGGGUAAAGUCACAGAAAAGGGAAGGUGGGUGGGGAAGGUUAAGUGUAUAUAGCAUAAACUAACACAACAAGCACUUAGGAAUCCAUCCCCAGUUGGAUCAAAUCUGAGCAUGGACUAUAUUUGUUUUGGAUCUUACGCAUCUUAGAUCUGUGACUAAUGGUUUGAAGACCCUAUGGGCUUGUCCUAGUUCCUUUUGGCAGCACCCCACUGAGAUUGCUCCCUCCUGAAUGUGGUGUUUUCUCUUUCUCAUGUGUUUUUAAACUUUUGCUACUACAUAUUUUACUUCAGCAAGUUUGAUUUUGCUUAUUUUCAGAAGUUAUACAGACCCUGCACCAUAAAAAAAAAAAUCGUCCAUAUUGUGUGUUGCUUUUGUUUCUUUUCAAUGUGUAUGUGUGCAUGUGCGUGUACGCGUGUGCUUACCAGUGAAUCUUGAGAUUUUUCUCAUAAAUAAUCUUCAAAUCUGAUGCUGCAGGAAUGUACAUUUUGUUUACAUUGUGGCUUUGCCACAAGAUACUAAUGUUAGCUGCUGUUUAUUAAACUCUGUGUUCUAGAAGUUUA